AUGCCACUGGAAGCACGUAUAUCCUUUCGAUGCUUCGUGCGAUGGCGGAUGCUCAAAGCAUUUGGAUGGGACGAUACAUUGAUGGUUCUUGCAAUGGCCCUUGAUAUUGUGCUUACCGCGUGCGCAAUCGCUGGUGCCAAGGAUGGCGUUGGCCGACAUUUGAGUAAUUUCCACAGCUUCGAUGAAUUUCACCAUGCCAUGCUAUGGUGGUGGCUGGGCCAGUGCAUCUAUAUCUGGGCGUCCGGCAUCGCUAAAGUAUCCAUUGCGCUCGCACUCCUCCGACUGUCGGUUCACACGUACCAGCGCAUAACCCUGUGGAUCGUUAUGGGAGCAUCGAUUUGUGUCAGCUUGGUGUUCUGGUUCUUUAUGCUUUUUCAGUGCCAUCCUGUCUCAAAAUUUUGGGAGCGGACAGGACCGGGCAAUUGCAUGAACACCGAUACGCUGAUUAGGGUGGCGUACGUUUACAGUGGAAUCUGCGCCGUCUGUGACUUUGCGCUGGGACUUCUGCCCAUUGAUCUCGUUCGCCAGCUGCAAACCACUCUCAAGACAAAGAUAGCGCUGGGCGCGACCCUGAGUCUAGGUUGUGUGGCGAGUACGGCUGUUAUUCUUCGGAUACCUUGCCUGCAUUUCUACAAGGAUAUCGAUUUCUUGUAUUCGACCUUUUCCAUCGACAUCUGGUCCUUUAUCGAGGUUGGCUUGGGAAUUACAGCAGGUAGUCUGGUCACUCUCCGACCUCUCUUUCGUGCAGUUCUCGGGGACCCACCUGACCGCAAGGGCAAGAAAAGCCGUGGAAGCAUGCCACUGACCAGCUUCACGGAGUAUACGCGGACCCGGCCUGACCCUGAAGAUGCCGCCGUGUGGCAAUCGCCCCAGCCUGAUACAACGCGGAACAUAACCACCACGGUGGUUUCAGCUUUCCGGGCGAGUUUAAAUAGUCCCCUCACGCCAACGUUUGCGGCCGAGUUCAAGAAGGGUCGGUCUGUUCGGAUCAAGAGGUCAUUCCAUGUCACAGAAGAACAUGUGGGCUACUGA